AUGGGUAACAAAGUACUAAGCCUAGCCCGUAGGAAGAUACAUAUCUCUACAGAUGUGGUGUUCUGUGAAAAUGUCUUUCCCUUUACUCUAUCUUCUACGUAUGUUUCUCUAUACAAUGUCUUCAAAUUAGUCUCCUUUCCUACUUACAUUGAGGGUGACAGUACACAUCCCGGUGUUCAAAGUUCUGAAGAUAUCACAUCUCCAGGUGUACAUCAACACUCUAAAUUUUCUCCUGUUAAUGACACCUCAACACAUACAUCAGACACCCCAUUCCCUUAUGCUUCUAUCCUUGCAGCUUCAUAUGAAGCUACUAGUCAUUCUUCACCUACAUCUACUCAAUCAGAAACACCUAUACUCAGGAAGUCCAACAGAACACAUAAAACUCCUACUUACCUCAAGGAUUAUAUUUGUACCCUUCCUAACACAUCUCAACCUGCUACCUCUCAAUGUUCACCUUCCUUGAAUGCACUCUUCUCCAACCUUAAUCACAUCACCCAUGAUGUCUUGUGUUCUGAGAGUCAGCACUUGGUGACAAAUAUUUGUCAUGAUAGUGCACCAUCCUCAUAUAGAGAGGCAACACUUAAUCCUACAUGGCAAGCAGCCAUGACACAGGAAUUUGAUGCUCUUCAUGCCAACCAUACUUGGGACCUAGUACCCCUGCUAGCUGGAAAACAAGCAAUAGGAUGCAAGUGGGUUUAUAAAGUCAAGCAUAAAGUAGAUAGACGUAUUGAGAGAUUAAACUAUAUUAGUAGUGAAAGGUUAUACUCAACAAGCAGAGGUUAUACAGAGACAUUUUCUCCUGUUGUCAAGAUGACAACAGUUAGAGUUUUGGUUACUGUUGUUGUGAAUAAAAGCUGGGAUAUAUUCCAACUUGGUAAACAAUGCAUUCCUCUAUGGUGA